AUGGAGAGGAAACCCUCAUCACCAAUGGCACCCACAUUCGUGGUGUCUGCACCAGGAAAGGCCAUUGUCUUCGGUGAACAUGCUGCAGUGUAUGGGAAGCCCGCAAUUGCUGCAGCUAUUUCUCUCCGAUCCUAUCUCCUCGUCACUACCCUCUCCAAAUCUCGACGUACCGUCCAACUGAAUUUCAGGGACAUUGGCUUAAACCAUACUUGGGAAAUCGACACUCUGCCAUGGAAUGUCUUCCACCAACCCUCCAAGAAAAGGUUCUAUCACUCUGUUGUCGACUCCCUUGACUCCGAAUUUCUCGAGGCCAUCAUGCCACAUGCAGAGGCCGUGUCCAAGCACCUUCCAGAGAAGCAACGAAAAAUUCACAUAAAAUCUGCAACCGCCUUCCUCUAUCUCUUCCUCUCCCUAGGCUCCUCGAAAAGCCCUGGAUUCGUCUACACUCUUCGAUCUACCAUUCCAAUUGGCGCCGGUCUAGGCAGCAGCGCCAGUGUUUGCGUUUGCUUGAGCACAGCGCUGCUCCUUCAGAUACGCGCACUUGCUGGACCCCAUCCUGACCAGCCUCUUCAGGAAGCAGAGAUGCAGAUUGAACACAUUAAUCGCUGGGCGUUCGUGGGCGAGCUGUGUAUACAUGGAGACCCGAGUGGGAUAGAUAAUACGGUUUCGGCGGGUGGAAAGGCUGUGAUGUUUCAACGAAACGCCUCUGGACCACCAUCUGUCAUUCGUCUCACCAAGUUUCCGAGACUACCACUCCUUCUGGUCGACACUCAACAAUCACGGUCCACCGCUAUACAGGUGGAAAAGGUGAAAACACUAAAAAGCAAGUACCCUGAAAUAACAGAGAUGAUCUUGGACGGAAUUGGCAAACUUGCAACUUCUGCACUGGAGCUGAUUUCAUCGGUUGAUCCCCCUGGUAGUGUCACCUCGGAUACUCUCGGACGCUUGGGAGAUUUUAUUGGCAUCAACCACGGGUUCUUGGUUUCGUUAGGAGUCUCUCAUCCCCGUCUAGAACGUAUUCGCGAGCUCGUGGAUUAUGCGCAUAUUGGCUGGACAAAACUCACCGGUGCUGGAGGUGGUGGAUGUGCUAUCACGCUCUUCCGACCAGAUAUCGAAGAUCACACUAUUGAAGAGCUGGAGCGGAAGUUCGCUGCCGAAGGGUUUCAAAAAUAUGAGACUAUCCUAGGUGCCGACGGAGUUGGGGUGCUGUGGCCUGCCGUAUUCCGAAAUGGCACUGAUGGAAAGGCUGGCGAAGAGAUUGAUCAGGAGAUGUUUGAGAAUGCUGACGGCGUUCAAGGCAUCGACCAGUUGGUUGGAGUAGGAGUACAAGAGAAUCGGGAAGGCUGGCAGUUUUGGACGCGAGAUGUUUCUUCAAGAUGA